AUGGACCUACUUUUGGCCAAGGCAAUUUGCAUAUUCACAUUUCUGUGCGUGGCGACGUUUGGAUGUUCAAUACCAUACUUAAUAGGCCUACUAGGAAAUAAAAAAAAUGCAGAACAUGAGAAAAAAAUAAAAGGCAUACUGUCGAAUUUGAACUGUUUCGGUUCAGGGUUUAUAUUUUCAAUUGUUAUGUUUCACCUGCUACCAGAAACCAUUACAAUUGUCAGUUCGCAUAGACAUAUAGUAAUAUUUAACUCCUCUGAUCCUGAAAUAAAAACUCUGUAUAUAUUUUUUUUCGUUUUUGUUGGAUUCUGCAUGCAACUGGCAUUAGAAUAUGUGCUACCCGUGGACACUAACAUGUGCUGCGUUGUAAAUGACAAUGUCAAAUCGAUGCUCGACGAUAAUUUUUCCAAAAACAAGGCUAAAGGAGAAAAAGAAGAUUCUGUUAAUAUCGAGAUGCACAGUGUGACCGUGAACGAACAUCAGUACCACCACGCAUGUGAUAGCAAGGAUUUCAAGAAGCAGCAGAACAUUGUGAAGUUUUUACAUGUCUUAACUUUGCAAUCCUUUUUUUUAACAAUAUCCCUUGCCGUGCAUUCGUGCAUUGAAGGAAUGAUCGUAGGAACAUCAGAUGAUGUUAAUUUCGUUUUUAUAAACACCUUUUGUAUUUUGUCGCACAAAUGGAUAGCAGGAGUAACCGUAGCCCUUUCUCUAAAUCAGAACAACAUAAGCAAAAACCUCAAGAUGAUCUUGUUAAUAAUUUUUAUUUUUUCAUCACCAUUGGGAAUAAUUAUUGGUCACCUUAUAAAAUCGUCAGGUGAAAAGGUGACUUGCAUAAUCAAUGCAAUAUCUAUUGGAACUCUACUUUUCAUCGGAUGCGAGAUUUUACUGAACGAAAUAAAGCAAAAGUUCAGCAGAAAAAUUCGGUUUGCAAAAUGGAUGAGCUUUUGUUCUUCUUGCAUAAUUGCAUUUAUCCUAAUUAUGGUAACUCAACGUUUGGCUCCGCAUACCCACGGACAUGAACAUGCACAAAUCCACGAUCAUCAUCAUGAUCACGCACAUUAA